AUAAAAGACCAGCGGUCCCUUUGUUGGUCUUUCUGAAGAAACUUUCAGUGACGGUCACUGCUCUUCGAAUUUUCUCUGUGGUAGUAAGAACUUCAUGAAACAAUGGCCUUAAUGAAAUUAAUCAAUAACCGGCCUGAGACGCCAUACUUCCGGCCCCCACCCAUUCACAUCCGGGUGUUAAAAUGUUGUGAACAGCUAAAGGUGAUCACCUGGGAUGUCCAGGAUGGAGGGGUCAAACCACUUUCAACAAAAAAAAAUAAAGUUGCAGCAAUCACUGAUGGAAAAUCAGUGGUAAAGAUAACUUUAUUUGAAGAGUUCUCCCCCAAAGUACAACAGAACAUGUCCUACAUGAUGAGGGGACACGAGCUAAGGGGGCAAGCUCCCCCUUAUCUCAUCAACGUCACGGCAAGGAUGCAGUUUUUUAAAGCUCCUACCCUACCUGUCUCAGACGCCCUCUUUACAAAGGCGGAGGAGCUUCUGGAGCCACCUUCCCCUGCAACGCAACUAAAGAUGAGCCCAACAUCUGGAGGGCUCAUGACAGUGGAAGGGGAGGUUGUGGAGUGUUCGGUAGUGAGGACAGUUUUGUCAGGGAAACAAGUGGCGCCGUUAAGAACGCUGCACCUAAAGCAGGAUGGGCACACCAUGACGGUCUCCUUGUGGAGGGAGGCGUCAAUUGUUGAUGUUCACGUGGGAGAUCAAAUAAAGAUCUCCCACGUCAAAGUGCACCGCUCUGCGUAUGGAGUACAGCUCCAGUCGACUUCCUACACAAAGAUUGAGACAAAGGAAAAUGAAAGUACAGAAAUAACAAUAGUUGGGGUGGCCACUGUAGAGGAGUCACUGCAGUCCACCCAAGUACAAGUUCUCCUUGAAACUGGAGAAACCCUCUUCAUCAAGGGGGAAAUGUGGAAGCCCUACGAGGAGGAGUUUGAGAAUUCCACAAUCACCGUUGCUGUAAAAAUCAAAGGAAAACAAAUAGUAGACAUAAAAAAAAACCCAGAAUAAAUAAAUUACAUAUGUGUGUGUGUG